AUGACAUCGUACUACAGCACCAACAACCCAUACAUACUACGAAUAGUGGCGUGUCUUGCCAUUGUAGGAGUCCUGAAUCAGCUUCGAGGGUCUAUUCAAGCACUCGAGAGCUCCCAUAAUUCGGCUUCCGAAGACCAGUUGAUCGGAGCCGUAUCUCGAGACCAUGGUGACGGUCUCCAACGCUUGAAGAGAUUAGUGUUACCUGUGACCACUGAUGGAAUGGAGAAGGCUGCGACAAGAACAAGCUUUGACGAAACCAAUGCUGACAUCAGAGUAGUCGUCGACAGGAAGGAAACGACUGGAGAGACGGCUCUGCGGGCACCAAUGCUGUCCCAGCCAAAACAAAACCAUCAACAAAAUCAUGAACAACAACAACAACAAUCCACACAUCAGCAGAAGAAGAAACCCCUCAACAUUUUGAUUCUGUAUCCAGAUGACUGGCGUCAUGAUGACAUUGGAGGUGUAGCUCCCGUCGUGAAAACUCCCUUUCUCAAUCAGCUGGCUCGAGACGGCAUUCGCUUUACGCACAACAUGGUGACUACUUCGAUUUGCUGGGUCAGCCGUGCCACACUGUUCACAGGACAAUAUCUCAGUCGUCACAAAUCCUAUCGCUUAAAGACUCCGGAAUUUUACAAAACAUGGCACAACACCAGCUGGCCCGCAUUGCUCCAACAAUCAAACUACUAUACAGCUCAUAUUGGCAAGUGGCAGUACUACGAUUUUGACAAGCAACGACAAGCCGAACUCUUCAAUUACACCAGUAUCUUUGAAGGAAAGCAUCAAUACCCAUCCAAAGGAGGCGCAUUCAUUUCCGCGGCCGAAAAAAUGAGCAUGGAAGUCAAGACUUUUCUGCAACAAAAACGACCGACAGAUCAACCCUUUGCGCUCACGGCGGCCUUUUUCCCACCCAAGGCCAUUGGCAAUUCCAAAGCCCCGGGAGGACAAUGGUUCCCUCUCAAUAAAACAGUCAUGAAAUAUUAUGGUCCCAAUGUCACCAUUCCCCAUCCGUACGAUGAAACCGACUCGUAUAAGCGACUCCCCUGGUUCUUUCACAGAGUGGAACGGGGAGGGCGAUCGCGAUGGGAAGAACGAUUCCAAGGGGAAGAAAAGUAUCAAGCUGCCAUGAAAAACUACUACAGUCUAAUCACAGAGGUGGAUGAGGCAUGCAAAGAUAUUGUAGACGAGUUGGAACGGCAAGGGAUCGCCAAUGAAACCCUCAUUAUCUUUACAACGGACAAUGGCCUGUUUCACGCGGAACAUGGAUUGGCAGGCAAAUGGUAUCCAUAUCAGGAGUCUAUACGAGUGCCCCUCAUCAUUCGAGACCCUCGCAUGCCGCUGCAAAAACACAAUACACUGGAUGGAUCCUUGACACUGAACAUUGAUCUGCAUCCUACCAUCUUGGGUGCCGCUGGCAUUACACCUCCAUCCAGCACACAAGGGAUGGAUAUGGCAACGUUAUACAUGCCACAAACCAACAACGACGAGUCCGUACCGGUAGCCUCGGAGGCUACGGAUGGCGAUAAGAGCUGGAGAGACGAAUUCUUUUAUGAAUUUCCCUUGGAUCAAACAAAAAACAUGCCCAUGUCCAGCGCCGUGGUUAGAAAGGACUUGAAAUUCAUCUACUGGCCCCAGUUCAAAUACGAACAACUCUUCAACUUGACUGAAGAUCCGCUAGAAUUGAAUGAUGUGUGGAACCAGCCACAAUAUGCAAGUGUAUUGAAGCAGCUCCAGAUGAGGCAUGAAAAAUGGAAGGAAGCUGUCAAAUAA